UGGCACGACGGCUCCUACCUCAGCAAGCUGCUCAUCACUGGCGCCCAGCAGGACCACUCGGGCAUGUACAUCGGCCUGGACGCCAACAAUGGCUACAGCUUCUGCAGCCCCUUCCUCACCCUGGGGCCAUACCCAAAGUCGCUAGGGCCACCCGUGGCCCCUCGUCCUCAGCCACGAGGCUACUGUGGCCCGUGCUCAUCCUGGGCACCCAUCCUGGGCACCGUGCUCCUGUGAUUCUGCCAAUCCAAGAAGAAGCCGUGCACGCCUGUCCCCGCGCCCUCUGUGCCCACACACCGCAAAUCAAACACUGCACACCAAACACCUGGGACCUCCAGAGACCAUGGCAGGAGCAAGGACCUGCCCCUGUCACCAGCCCCGGGGCUGUGUGAAGAGUUUGGCCCAGCGGCCCCCCAGCACCUGCUGGGCCCUAGGUCAGCUGCCGACCCCAAGCUUUACCCCAAACUCUAAAUGGACAUACGCGUGUGCACGCACACGCACAAGCACACACACUCACACACAGUUGCACACACUGACAUCUCACAGUCACACCUACACACCUGCUUCUGUAGCUUCGCAUAUUUAUCUUGUUAA